AUGGCUCAUCUACCGGCGUUGACGAGAGAUUUACCUGCCGAAGGUACGUGGGCGUACGCAGGACUGCCCUGCACCAUCCCCAUCUCCGUUCGCAUUCUCCAGUCGUCAACGACCGGUCCUCUGAUUGGCCUGCAGGUACCUGACAAGGGUAAAUCAAGGUGGGGCCCCACCCGCUCUCGCACCAUGGAGGCGACCUUACGUGACUGCAACCUACGGUAUGGAAAGUUUCCUUCUAGAUCAUCGUCAUCGACGAGGCAGAUUCAUCCGGAGAAGGACCAGGACACCGGUGUCCCCCAGAAAGCCCCCAGCUCGCCGGAGGCCGAGAAGCGGCGCUAA